AUGCCAACUAAUAAAACAAAUGAGAAUGAUAAUUUAUUAACUGCGUUGGUAUCUGGUUGUACUGCAGCUGCUGUUUCUGCUACUUUAACUUAUCCAUUAGAUUUUAUUAAAACUCAACAACAAUUAAAUAAUGAAUCUUAUAUGAAAAAGUUUAAUGUUCCACCGAAUUAUCCAAAUUCAUUAAACCAAUUAUUUAAAGGUGGUUCUGCUUUAGUAUUAGGUUCUGUUUUUAAAAAUUCAACUAGAUUAAUUUCUUAUAAUUGGUCAAGUCAAUUUAUGGCUAUUGAUUCUCAUGGUCAUAAUUCAAAUAAAACAACUGCUCCAAGAAUUGUUAUUGCUGGUAUAAUGUCUGCUUUUUUUGAAACUUUGACUUUAGUUCCAUUUGAAAAUAUUAAAAUUACAAUGAUUCAAAAUCAAACUUUUCAAAAUGAAUUGAACAGAAUAAAAGAUUCAAAAGAUAUAACUUAUGAUAUAACAGGUAAAAGUUCUCAUUCUCAUUCUCAAGCAUUUCAUGCUCAAAAAAAACCAGUAUAUUUAAGACAAUUUGUAUCUCCUCAUGCUUAUUUAUCAAAUGAUAUAAUAGAUCAAUUUAGGAAAAAUAAAGUAAGAUUUCCUUUACAGUCAAAUAAAGGAUCUCAUAUAGAGAAUUUAAAAGCAUAUUAUAAUAAACAUCCAUCGUUGACUUUUUUAGGAACAAUUAAAGAAAUAUAUUCAUUAAAAGGUAUUAAAGGUUUCGCAGCUGGUACUUUUAUAACUUUUACUAGACAAAUUGCAAUUAGUUGGGUUUGGUUAUCUACUUAUAAUGCAACAAGACAGUUAAUAGACCCUCAUAAUAAAGAAAAUGGUUGGUUUAAUCAUAAACAUACUAUGUGGCAACUGUUGGGAUUACAUUUAUUAUCUUCAAUUGCUGUAAUAACGGUUACUCAACCUUUAGAUGUUAUAAAAACUCAUGUACAACUGAAAAAUGGUAAAGCGAUAUAUAGAGAUUCAUUAACUACUGCUUAUAAAUUAUUUUUAAAUCAAGGUCCAUUAUCAUUAUUUAAAGGUUCAUUACCUAGAUUUAUUAAAGUUUUAGUAAGUGGGGGGAUUACUGCUACUGUUUAUGAAUAUCUUGAGGGAAUAGUAAAUACGGCUGGUGGACAGAAAAUGUUCACAUAUUAG